CAGGGAGAGCGGGACUGACGGGCCGACACAUGAACGCUCCGAGCCGGGGACAACAGGACGAACAGUGCAGAAAAUAAACACCAUCACCGACGAUAUUAUCACUGGGCGUCUCUGCUGGGAAAAUACACCUUUCACUGACAGCGGUGUUGCAAUAUGUGGAGAUCCAGGUGAAUAACAGGGACUAGCUGCAGGAAGAAAAAGGAAACCAUCUCUGGAGAUGGACUGCAGGUGUCAAUAACGAUGAGUCCCGUCCUCGCUGUUUGAACAUGCUGCUCGGGUAGCGAAGCCGAAAGAGAGGAGCUUCUUGCCUUCCCUUCUCUGGACACACACACUCUCACACACACACAAGGAGUUGGCCCAAUUCAAGCUCAACCAUGCUGAUUAAGGAGUACCGCAUCCCCAUGCCGAUGAGUGUGGAGGAGUACCGCAUCGCGCAGCUCUACAUGAUCCAGAAGAAGAGCAGAGAGGAGAGCUGUGGGGAGGGCAGCGGGGUGGAGAUCCUGGAGAACAAACCCUACGAGGACGGGCCCGGGGGGUCGGGUCAGUACACACACAAAGUUUACCACAUUGGGAAACACAUCCCGUCCUGGUUCUGUGCCAUCCUGCCUCAGGCGGCGCUCCGAGUGGAGGAGGAAUCCUGGAAUGCCUACCCAUACACUCGCACCCGGUACACCUGUCCCUUUGUAGAGAAGUUCUCUAUAGACAUUGAGACGUACUACAAACCAGACACUGGAAAUCAAGUGGAUGUGUUCAAUAUGUCUUCUGCUGAAAAAAGACAGAGGACUGUAGACCCCAUAGACAUCGUAAAGGACUACAUCCCUCCUCACGAGUAUCUGGUGGAAGAAGACCCUAAGCUGUAUCAGUCGGUCAAAACCAAACGGGGUCCGCUGUCAGACGACUGGAUUGAGGAGAUCAACCAGAACCUCGGCGAAUGUCCCGUCAUGUGUGCCUACAAACUCUGCAAAGUGGAGUUCAGAUACUGGGGCAUGCAGUCCAAGAUUGAACGCUUCAUACACGACGUGGGCCUGCGUAAAGUGAUGGUGCGCGCCCACAGACAGGCGUGGUGCUGGCAGGACGAGUGGUACGGCCUCACCAUUGAGGACAUCCGGCUGCUGGAGCUGGAGACGCAGCUGGCUUUAGCCAAGAAGAUGGCCCAGUUCAGCCUGACCGAAGAGGGGGGAACGGAGACGUCCGUCAGCCAGGACCAGGAGCAGGGAGCUCAGUCCGUGGGGUCGGCUGCAGAGGCAGAUGGAGGAAAGCUUGGAGACUCACUGGAGACACGAGGGGAGCUCACCAAGCAGUGGUCCACUUCCUCCAGAUCCUCCAACAGGUCGUCUAAGAGAGGCGGGAGUCCUUCUCACCAGAACAUCUCCGAGUGGAGGAUGCAGAGCAUCGCCAGAGACUCCGAGGACAGCACAGACGACGAGUUCUUUGAUGCUCACGAGGAUUUUUCUGACAACGAGGACAUGUUUGCCAAGGAGAUCACAAAGUGGAGCUCCAACGAUCUGAUGGACAAGAUAGAAACAAAUGAGAUGGAUGAAGCACAAGAAACUAUGUAUCAGGAGUCAGGUGGGGAGUAUGCUGUGAUGAGUAAUGAGGAGAGGCAGAUGGAGGACUGUUCAUCUCAGCAGUGUCUCCAGACGUCCAAAACUCACGUCCUCGUUCUGGUCCUGCAUGGAGGAAACAUUCUGGACACUGGCUCUGGUGAGCAGAGCAGCAAGCAGGCGGAUAUAAACACGCUGAGUGGGGCCUUUGAGACGGUGAUGAGGGUCCAUUACCCCGCAGUGCUGGGACGCAUCGCCAUCCGGAUGGUCCCCUGUCCUGCUGUGUGUGUCGAGGCAUUCGCACUCGUCUCCAAUCUCAGCCCCUAUAGCUACGACGAAAGCUGCCUGUCCAGCAGUCAGGACCACAUCCCUCUGGCGGCGCUGCCCCUGUUAGCCACCUCCGCACCGCAGUACCAAGAAGCCGUGGCUACUGUCAUUUUAAGAGCCAAUCAGGUGUACAAUGACUUCCUCAAGUCUGUGGAGGGAUCGUCUUUCAAUGGCCAGGUGUGUGUUAUUGGUGACUGUGUUGGUGGCAUCCUGGGGUUUGAUGCUCUGUGCAGCAGCUCGGUGACGGUGUCAGAAAGCCAAAACAGCAGCAGGCGAGGCAGCGCCAUCAGUGUACAGGACACAGACCUCCUCUCCCCGGGUAUCAUCAUUAACAGCGGAUCUCCAUCCUCCUCACCGACCCUCGAAGGAAGCCGCCAUCUCAGCCGCAGCAACAUCGACAUCCCCCGCUGCUCGGGGCCCGACGACCCCAAGAGACAACUUCCACGCAAACGCAGCGACUCGUCCACGUACGAGCUGGACACCAUCAAACAUCACCAGGCCUUCCUGUCCAGUCUCCACUCCAGUGUGCUCCACGGGGAGCCCGGGUCGCGGCGCUCCAGCAGCAGUACGAUGCUGGAAGGAGGCAGUUUGGGAAAGUUUGACUUUGAGGUGACCGACUUCUUCAUGUUCGGCUCUCCUCUGGGGCUGGUGCUCGCUCUGAGGAAGACUGUGGUGCCCACGUUAGAUGUGUCGGCUCUGCGCCCGGCCUGUCAGCAGGUGUACAACCUGUUUCAUCCCGCAGACCCCUCGGCCUCGCGCCUCGAGCCUCUCCUGGACAAACGGUUCCACCUGCUGCCUCCAUUCAGUGUCCCUCGGUACCAGCGCUUCCCUCUGGGCGAUGGACACUCUGCUCUACUGGUUGAGACGAUGCAGAGUAACCCCCAGCUUCUGAUGGAUUCUGUUGGUGUAGUUUCUCACCGCCACCAGGACAUCACCGUCAAUGAGACGUCCAUCCCAGUGCCUGUCCUAAACUGGCAGCUCCAGACAGACACUGACUCUCUUCAGUCACAUGUUUUCGUCGAUGGCCAGCUCCCACCGUCCACAUCACCAGGCUUCCCUCACCUUCGCUGCAACCGCAGGUCCAGCAGUGCGAGCAUUGCCAGUCAGGUGUCGGGCUUAGCCGACUCUUACACGGCCUCCAACAUCGCCACCACACACAAAACUGAAAAAAAGCCCAGCCUGCUGUCCCAGCUGGCGCUCCCCUACAAUAAGUUUGCCUCCCGGAGAGCAUCCAUGCGCUCACAAAAGAAAACCCGUCAGAUGCUCCCAAAACCCAACGGUGUGGAAUCUGAGCAGAGCUCAGAGGUUAGCUUUGACUUCAACGAUGUCGCAUCUGACAUUGCAGACAUCAGCUCGGCCCCCCCGUCCCCAGGGUUGCUGAAGAACAUUGGGAAAGUUGCUUCUCGGUGGUGGGGCAGUAAGCGGAUGGACUACGCUCUGUACUGCCCUGACGCUCUGACUGCGUUUCCCACGGUGGCUCUGCCUCAUCUCUUCCACGCCUCAUACUGGGAGUCCACAGACGUCGUCUCCUUCUUACUCAGACAGGUGAUGAGACAUGAGAACUCCAGUAUUCUGGAGCUGGAUGGUAAAGAAGUGUCUGAAUUUACUCCGUCCAAACCUCGGGAGAAGUGGCUCCGCAAGAGGACUCAUGUUAAAAUCCGGAACGUGACCGCCAACCACCGAGUGAACGACGCCGUGUUCGUGGAGGACGGUACACAGAUGGUGACGGGACGUUUCAUGUACGGCCCUCUGGACAUGGUCACCCUCACUGGAGAGAAGAUUGACAUCCACAUCAUGACCCAGCCUCCCUCUGGGGAGUGGGUGUACUUCAACACGGAGCUCACCAACAGCAGCGGACGUGUCUCUUAUGUGAUCCCUGAGAGCAAGAAGCUGGGUAUCGGGGUUUAUCCCGUCAAAAUGGUCGUAAGGGGAGACCACACAGUUGCAGACAGCUAUAUUUCUGUGGUUCCACGAGGAACAGAGUUUGUGGUUUUCAGUAUUGACGGCUCAUUCGCUGCCAGCGUGUCUAUAAUGGGCAGCGAUCCAAAGGUCCGAGCUGGAGCUGUGGAUGUGGUGAGAUACUGGCAGGACUUGGGCUACUUGAUAGUAUAUGUAACGGGUCGUCCUGACAUGCAGAAGCAGCGUGUGGUGGCUUGGCUCUCUCAGCAUAACUUCCCUCAUGGCAUUGUCUCCUUCUGUGACGGGCUGGUGCACGACCCGCUCCGGCACAAGGCUAACUUCCUGAAAUGUCUCAUCAACGAGGCCAACAUGAGGAUCUUUGCUGCCUAUGGCUCCACCAAGGACAUCUCUGUGUACUCGUCUAUCGGCCUGCCUUCCUCACAUAUCUACAUUGUGGGAAGGCCCACAAAGAAGAUGCUGCACCAGUGUCAGUUCAUCCCGGAUGGCUACGCUUCCCACCUGUCCCAGCUGGAGUACAACCAGAGGUCCCGCCCGGCCAAGUCUGCCAGCACCCGCAUGGUCCUCCGGAAGGGCAGCUUUGGGCUGGGUGCAGCAGGGGGAGACUUCCUUCGCAAGCGCAAUCACAUCUUCCGCACCAUCUCCGCUAAGCAGCCUGCCGGGGCGGGGUCAGCCUCCCCUAACCCGACGGGGCGGACUGAGCGAACCCUCAGCCAGUGUGAGAUGGAGCGGGAACGAGUGAGCGGGCCAGCGACCCAGAGGAGUAUGAGUAUUGCUGCAGGGUGCUGGGGUCGCACCGGGAGCACCAAGGAGGGCAGUGGAGGGUUACUCGGCCCUAAAUAAGGUUCAGAUUGGAGCUGUGGUGGUAGUGGACGCUGCCUGAGUCACCAUUAUCUCUGGAUUGGCCCCAGAGAGAAGAGUGGAAGAAGAAGAAGAGGUAGAAGGAGAGUUUGAAUUUUAGAAAAUAAAGGAAUAGGUGGUUAUAGCAUAAAAACACUUGAACAUCAGUGAUAGAGAGGGAUCUGUCCAGGAGGAUCAGACUAAUCAGGCCAAAUGGGAUCCAGCGAACAAAAGACAAUUCUGUAGCAUGACUCUUUUACAGUAAUACUUUUUUAGGAUACAUUAAAAAUAUAGAAAACGAUGACAAGGAAGGAUUAAAUGAAUAUUGUAAGCCUUAAACUAAUCUCGUAUAACGGGACCCCAACUCCACACACACACACACACACACACACACACACACACACACACACACACACACAUAAACAACACACUGUCCAAGCAUUCAUACUCUCAUGAGCUCAGGACAAACUUCAGAGCCAGAUUCAUCUUCAAACAAUCGAGCACAGGUUUGAGGCCAAGUUGAAUGGCAGCCAUGACAAUGAGUUGAUGACUUUCACUUCUGUUUCUGUCCCACUGUCAGCUGAGCAACAACAUGUUUCAAUCACAUCCCUCUACCAAGAAAUGACUGGUACAGAAUACAAUCAGCUCAUCCUAACUACAUAAAGGAAAGUUUCUCACUUCUCUCUACCCUGCAGGUACUUUUGGGUUUAUUUUUAAUAGUUAAUGCUCUUCUGUCUGCAUUUAUGUCUCCCGCAGUUGCCUCAUUGAUUCAAGAAAGGUAUAUGAUAAUGAAUCUUUAUAAAUGACUGAAACUGUGCCGUGUUGGGUCCUUAAAUUUGAACCGAUUGGGCCUCAGAAGUCCUUCAAUGUUAUGUUCAAGAAGAUUUGGGAACCAUGCAUUUAACUCAUGUGCAGCCUCAUUAGCAGCAAGCAUGAAUCAUAGUCUUAUUUACAUGCUAGUUUCCAAUUGUGCAAAAACUACAAUUGCAUUGAUGUGGAGACAGAAAACAUUAAACUGUCUGAGUGAAUAGAUACUAUCAUACAGAAGUGAGAAAAACAUCUUUUCUUUGGUAGUUUAGGUGAACUGAUCCUUUAAACACCUGAGGGCUUGAUUUGAAAUCAUGAAAUAUAUGGCAUAUAACAGACUUAAAUUAAUUUAUUGUCUACACACAAUACACAUGCUUGUUUUCAUUCCCCUGUGAGUUUAUGUGUGUGUGUGUGGGAGACUGUAGUAUUUUCCCUUUCAGUGUGGCCUCUGGGCCAUCCAAGGCCUUAAUAUCCAACAACACACUUGCUCCACAGAUGGAACAGAGAGCAGACAAACAGGGCAUGCAGCAUUAAAGCAACCACUGAGACUCUGUACAGUCCAUAGCAACAAUCCCUUUAUAUAUUCAUCGGCUUGCAAUACCUCUGAUCCACCUGUUGGUGGCGUUCUGUUCCCAACAUGUGCUGCUGCUGCUGGGAGACACCUGUGUGGUGUUCCCUGGCUUACUGCUCUUUUGGAUGGAUGGAUGAUGGACAUGGUGUUUCUGCUGAGGAGCCUGUUUGAUUUCAGGCUUGACUCUGGGAGGGAUGGAGGCAGUAUUUCCAUGUAGCUUUCACUCACAGAGACCUGUUAACCUGACAGUAUUUUUACCAAACUGACUGAAGAAUAGGGCAUGAAUGUUGAAAAGACUGCAUCGAAAUCACCGCUGCCCUCAUGAGAGCAAACAUCAUGUUGCUGCUUCCGUCUACUGAACUGUAUAUUUUCAUACAAAGGGGAUGUAGAAGCAGAAGCCUCCUCACAUCUCCAGUCCAAAAUGCAAACAUUGUGCACAAAAUAGUUUCCAGUGCUGAUGUCACCCUCGCUACUCUAAGGAAAGGUUCACACCUUUUCAAAGUCUGACUUAGAACAAUAGUUUGGUUUCUGUAUUUAUGAGGAAACAGUUGUUGAUUGCCGUAAUCAUCGCUUUUGUUCAUAAUUGUAUUUAAAGAUUUGUAUUGCUCUUCCAAUUUAAAGGAUGGGGGAAGAAACCAUUAAAGGAAGCCCUCGGUCUAUGCCAAACUGUGUUAAAAGUUAACAUUAAGUGUGAGCAAAGUCAGUGAAUAUCUACUGAGUUUUUAAGUAUGAAAUUUGAUCAAAACCACAUUUUGGACAGGUUUCAUUGAUUGAUGUAUUGGUAAAAUGAUAUAAUGAUGUGUGUUGUAAAUCGGACAGACACAAGAAGGCAUUCAGGCAUUGAAGAGGUUUCAGUCACAUUUACUGUAAAACAGAUCAGAAUCACUUCUAAUAAUAAUUGAAACCUUGUUUUGAAAAUUCAACAUCCCUUGCUUUGCAGACUCUACCCCUACUUCAAGGGAAGAACAUACAUUACUCUUUUUAGGAAAAACCUUUUCUUAAACUAAUGAGAAAAGUUUUGCGUCGCGAAGAGUUUCUCUCCUGGUAAGUUCCAUUCUCUUGUGCAUUGGGUCUUUACAUUUUGGUACCCACGUUGUCAAAAAUUAUUGGACAAUAAUAGGCAAUCGCUUUUAACACAUGUUAAAAUACAUUUUAUGGCAAUAAUAAAAAACGUUCCUACUAGGUAGACAAAUUUGGAAGAUAUUUACCUUUGUGUUUUGUCCUCCAUUACUGGAAGCACACUAAAAAAGGAUCCUUCAAUCAGCCAGUUUAGAUUUUUAUAUGGGAACCAAACUAUUGUUUUGAGACUUGAGAAACUGUGAACCCCUCCUUUAAACCCAUGAAAGCUUUUUGAUACGUGGAACAGUUGUACCUCUUGUUCACGUCAUUUUACUAUGCUGUUGUUUUAUGCCCAGCUUCCACUCCACACGAGAGUGUAUGUUUUCACUCUCUGUGUGAUCAGCAAUGUCUUCAACCCGACACAAAAGCCAAAAUCAUUCUCUAAAUACUGUAGUUAAUCAACUGUGUAACCUCAUUGUUGUUUUUUUGCACUAGUUAACGGUGGAAAUAUACUGUAGUUACCAUCUCAUGUUGCUACAUUUGGACAACUCUGUAGUGCAUGACACUUCGUUCAUUUCAGGGUAUACUGUAUGUGCAGGUAUGCACACGUCUGUAUAUUUUGUCAGAAAAUGAAAAUAAUGUAAGUAAAUGUGCCAAACAGUAAAUAGUUUGAGAGGAAAAGUAUUUAGACCAUGGGUUUUCUGACUGUGUGGCUCCCCCCAACACCCCAUCAUCAUACUCUAUUAACAGCUGUCUUGCUUAAAUAAUCAUGCAUACCUUAGGUUUUGGAGAUAGAGUUCCCAUAAUGCUUUGCAAGAUGUAAAAAGUAUGCAUUUUCAAUCAUUUCCAAGCAAAUUUAUGGACGUGAAUUUGCAAUGGUCAGAGAUAAUGGUACUUUCUGGAAGUGUACGUCUCUCUAAAAACAUUGGUAUUUUAUCUGUUUUUAUAAAUUUGACUGAGUCGUGACUCCAAGACGGACUUCAAAUGAUGGCACAAUUUCUGGCAAUAGAACGCCAAGUGUUUUAAAUGAACCUUUACAGCCUUCAUGAACUGCGUGCCACAAUCACUGCGGCUCCAACAGUGUUGCUGAAUUGCCAAAUUAGAAACUACAAUAAUUUGUUUGUAAGAGGUCCUGCACGCACCAGUGUCUUUCACCUGUCUCUCCUUCCUUCAAUAAUUGAACUGGGGAGGCGCCCCAGAGUUUGAAAACCCCUGAUUUAGACUGUAUCCCUCAUUUUCUUUCAUUAAGAAGGGGAAAAGUGUACUGAGAGCAUUACUUACUGCUGAGUUUUGGUGACUACACCUUUUAAUCUAAUGUCGUCCAUGGCUUUAAUGGAAAGCUGAAGAUAUAUUUUUUAGCUUUGAAUUGAGAGAAAAGGGUGAGCAUGCUGCUGUAAUCGUGGACAGUAAGGAUUUGAGCGAGUCAUGGAUCUUUUGAGUGCUGUUGGUGGCAGUUUUUUUGGCUACAGACACAUCGUUCCCCCAUUUAGCCAUUUGGCUGCUGUUGAAUGUCUGCCCGUUUUAUUCUGAGGCUGUUCAGAAGCCAUGGAUGUGUCAGUGUACAUACUGUAAAGAUGUAUUUGUAGGACUUAUAUGGUUGAGAGUUAUUUAUUUACCUAAAGAUCAUGAUGUUACUCUGGAAAUUUCAGGUGAAAUAUAUUUGAAAAUAUGUAGCAUUUUAUUUGUCACUUUGGCAGCCAUUAAGGCUAAGGACCAACACAGGAAGGUUUUUUGUGUUUACCGGUGCAAUAUUAUUGUUCUAAUCACAGCCAGGCAAAACCGCUAUCACAGCAGGGGCACAAUAUACCACAAUACAAGCUACAGGCAAUCCACAGUCUGAAAUCAUACACACACCACCUGCAGUCGUUUCACGCCUUGUGAAGACUAUUUGUAUCUGAGCUACUGUUGACCUCUGCUGUCUCUCUUUACAACAGGCAACCACUGAACGUUUUAUAGGACUUACUGUACCUAUUUUUCAAACUGGAGUAUUUUACAUGACCUUUGAGAUAUAACUGGGGACUGUUUUUCCAGUCAGCAGUGGGUGCAUGGAGAAGUGAAAAACCCCGUAAACGAAGCAGCUCUAUUUAACAAGCUGUUGCAUGUUAUCCAGUCAGAUUGGAACUACUUAAUCUUCAUGCUUAACAAUAAUAAACCAGUUCUGUUGUCCUCAAUGUCCUCACUGUUUAAUGAAAUAUAUAUCAAACCAUUAGGCUGAAAAUAUUUGGGAUGAUUGCAGUUAUUGCCACUUUUGGAUGAAACGCUUAAAGAAUCACAUAGGUUCAUAGUCAGCUUAGUUUUAAAAUCACACAGUCCAAUAAUAGUUUUAAUCAAUACUCAACGUUUUCUGGUACCACUUUAUAAUAAAGCACCCUAUAUGAUCUUUAUUAAAUAUUCAUUAAUAAAACCAUAACUCACAACUUGUACAUCCUCUGUAACGGGUGCGUUAUUGUGACGUUGUACCAAUAUUCUGUAUUAUUCUCAAUUAUUUAUAAAUCCUUAAACCGGGAUGUUAUACAUUUUAAAUAAUCAAGUGAAUAAAAUAGUAAAAAACUACAGAACUGUAGGUUUGUGACAAAUAUAUGGUGGCAAUAAUUCAGAUAUAUUUGGGAUAUUUGCAGUGUUUAACAAUUUAGAUUAAAGAUUGACAAACGUUCAAGUAUUUUCCUUUAUUUUAACCCUGUUAUUUAGCAUUUAUACGCAGUAUGUACACAGUUAAGAAACCAUCUGUAACCCACUGUGAUAUUGUUGGAAGAAAUAAUGACAGUGUAUUUAUAGUUAUUUCUAUAGUUACUAGAGUAAAUACUUUAUAACACUGUGUAAGGAUUUACUCAUGUAUGAUUGAUUGACAACGUUUGUGUUUUGUCAGGUUAAAUUCAGUAUUCAUCGACGUUUGAUUUGGAUCUUCGCACUACCAAAUAUUAUAGUUUUAUAUUCUGUUCAUUAGAUGUUAUUGUACUGCCUAUAGAUGCUAAACAGGAGGCUGUAAAUUAAAAUAUUCCAAUAUUUCUCUGUUUUCUGUUAGAACCUGUAUGCAAAUGGCCAUAAACAAUUUUUACAUGAUAAGUAAAGUGUUAUCCUUUCAUAAAUGACAUUAACAACCACUGAUAAAAGCUCUUUGUGUCUUUGAUGAAGAAAACCAGGAUGUUGUUUUCAGACAGAGGAUACAGUAGGUACUGAUGUCUCAUAGUUCAUAUGUUCAGGCAGAUCGGCCGGACUCUCUACCAUUGUCUGUUCUGUGGAAUAAAUACAAUUGGACGGUAA